AUGAGUAUUGAAGAAAAACCAGAUUCUCUUAUCAAUUACAAUGAUGCUAUCUCAUAUUGGACGAGUACACCUGCCACAGUAAAUGGUGUAUUAGGUGGUUAUGGUGAAGAAACCGUGGUACCUACAAUGGACGUCUUAGGGUCUCAGCAUUUCUUAAGAAAAUUGAAAUCAAGAAUGGUGCCUGCCUCAAACGAUUACAAGAAAUAUGGUGCUGAUAUUGGUGCUGGGAUCGGUAGAGUCACUAAGAAUAUGUUGUCUAAACAAUGUGAUAUUGUAGACCUGGUGGAACCUGUAGAGCCCUUCUGCAAGCAGAUGGAAGUCGAAUUGGCUGAUUUAAAGACACAAGGUAAAAUUGGAGAGAUAUACCCAAUUGGGAUGCAGGAUUGGACCCCCGAAGAAGGUAAAUAUUGGCUGAUUUGGUGUCAAUGGUGUGUUGGUCAUUUACCAGAUGAUAAAUUGAUAGAAUUUUUCAAAAGAUGCAUAAAGGGCUUACAACCAAACGGCACUAUCAUUGUCAAAGAGAAUAAUACUCCAUCAAACGAAGACGAUUUUGAUUCUACAGAUUCAAGUGUUACAAGAUGUGAUUCUAAGUUUAAAGAAUUGUUUGAAAAGAGUGGAUUGAAAUUGAUCGCUACAGAUAGACAAAUGGGUCUACCCAAAGAACUAUAUCCUGUGAGGAUGUAUGCAUUAAAACCUCAAGUACCACAAUGA